ACAUUGUGUUUGUUUUCAGGAAGUGGCCCCAGAGGCCCCCCUUGCCCCAGCCCUGACCUGCUAGCCUCACUACAGUCUCUGGGAGAACACAGUGACCACACACUGCUGCCACAGUCUCUACACCAGGUGUGUGUGUGUGUGUGUGUGUGUGUGUGUGUUGUCACCCUCACAAGCACAAGUCCUCUGUGUUCUAUUCCUCUGUGGUUUGGUUGCACCAUCUCAUCCUCAUCUGUCACCUGUGUUUUUGCCACUGAAACAUCUUGCUUUUCCCUUGUGCCUUCUUUUCAUUUGUAGGGAGAGUAAAUCAAGCUUUAAGAUGAAACCAUGAUGACAAUUCUAAUGUACUGUACUCUAUACACUUAUGUUAUAAUCCUAUUCAGUUAGAACACUUGCUUUGGCCCUCAUUGUACUGUAAUAGUCUUGCAGUUGUUGUUUUUUCUUUGCCAGUUCUGGUCGUCAUGGAACAAAGAGCCAGCUAUGAUUUACACGCCCCAAGAAAAGACAGGCCACACUGAUACACUGAGUUUGUUUCCCAAAUGGCACCCUAUUCCCUACAUAUUGCACUACUUUUGGGCCCUGGCCAACAGUAGUGCUCUAAAUAGGCAGGGAAUAGGGUGCCAUUUGGGACGGGCCCUGAUACACUGAUACAGAAGAAAGGGUUGCUCUGUGAUCAAACUGUUACAAUCAGUGGAGCAUUGGCAGAAUAACUGGCCAAGAAGUACGCCAAGAGAUUGAAUGUCAAUGCAUUUCAGCUAUGUGGACAAAAUAGAUGCCCAAACAUGGAGAAUUAGAGCUGUAGAGCUGUACAAAAAAAUCAAUUCAUAAAAUCCUUGUAAACAGGCAUUGACAUUUGAAGAGAUUCAGUCUGCGUCUUGACUUUGUGUUCACUCUACACUGUAGAGUCUACAGAGAGUUGAGACAGGGACAGCCAGAGUUGUUUGACACAGUUGUUUGAGUUCUGUUGUGCGUCACGGUAGAAGUGAAUCUGAUGCAGAACAGCUUGUUAUUCGCCACAUCUUGAGUCACAUCUUGUGUCUUAACUCUAUCCUUCCAGACUACUAUUUCAUUAAUUAAUUAAAUAAUUCAUUCAUUUAUUCUUCCAAUCAUUCUUUCAUUCAUUCUAUACAUGGACAGGGGAGUGAAGUUCAACAUUAAGAAUACACAGUCAUGUGUGCAUAAAAACACGAAAAGCAAAUCUAGGCAAUGCCAUUUUAGUCAUUUAGCAGACACUCUUAUCCAGAGCAACUUACAGUAGUGAGUGCAUACAUUUUCAUACUUUUUAAUACUUGUCCCCUGUGGGAAUCUAACCCACAACCCUGGUGUUGCAAGCGCCAUGCUCUACCAACUGAGCCACAUGGGACCACGUAUAUGUUCUUGCUUGUGACUUUAUGCCUUAAAGGUCAUUGACAAAGGUCAAAUGUCUCUCCUGGUAUGUGUGUCUGUAUAAUGUGAUUUUAGGCUUUGAUAUACAGAAUGUGUGCUCUCUCUCUUGGAUUUAAAACUGAGAUUAUCUGCUUGUGAAACUAACUAUUUAAUUAAUGGAAAUGUAAUAGCAGUGGUUUUGCAUUAUCUCAGCUCUUAAAACAUACCUAACAUAACUCAAACCCUUUAUUUGCAUAUAUCCUCUAGAGCAGGGAUGGGCAACUGACGGUGGCCCCCCUUUCGUAGGCCCACAAAUCAAUUUCCCCCUCAAAAUUGGAACUCAGUCGGGGUCUCAACUUACUGUUGAGAGUUAGAAUAGUAGAAUACACAAGGUGCAGUUUAGAAAUGUGUUUGUGCAUCAGCAGUUCUUCACUUGUUAUGUCAUUCACUGACAGUCACUCACUCAGCCCAUGUCAGCUAAAGUGUUUUAGAUUCCUAUGGCAAAAUGUAUAGAAUUGCAGGAAAUUAGUUAUAAAAUGGUAAGAUCUUCUCUCCGCCCCAUGGCAAAAUUUGUAGAAUUGCAGCAAAUUUGCUUUAAAAGUACUGCAUUUUCUCUACGCCCCAUAGCAAAAUGUGUAGAAUUGCAGGAAAAGACUGUAAAACAUUUAUUUUCAACCCGCUGUCAAGAGGGGGGGGGCAUUCAAAUAUUUUGCUCGCAACAAGGUAUCACUUAAGGCCCCCAAAAGGCUAGCGCCAGCUAUGACUGCAUGUGUGGGUGUGGAUGGGUAUGGUGGGUACACAGACCCGCAAGCCACUGCGGCCCCUUUUUUCUGGCCCCGACCCCAAUCAAAGUUGCCCAUCCCUGCUCUAGAGUGACUUAAUAUAGUCUUUCAGAGCUACAUGAAAGUGGUCUAAGGUUAGCUCAUGGCAUGUUUCACUGGCUUUAAUGGACGUGGCAGACAUUCCUAGAAGUUAAAACUUGAGUCACAUUCAAGUUCAUCAAGUGACUUGGCUUAGAUACAAAACGUGUUGGAAGUCAGACUGUUUAGUGUCGGUAGCCAUUAGUAGCUGUUAUAGGAUCAGUUCAUUACCAAGCAGGAGGAUAUCUAGUGGUCCUCUGUAGCUCAGCUGGUAGAGCACGGCGCUUGUAACGCCAAGGUAGUGGGUUCGAUCCCCGGGACCACCCAUACACAAAAAUGUAUGCACGCAUGACUGUAAGUCGCUUUGGAUAAAAGCGUCUGCUAAAUGGCAUAUUAUUAUUAUCUAGUCUGACAGUACAGUUGGACAGCUGAAGCAAGUGCACACGUUUUCUUUAGGGUAAAACCUUUCUAGUGAAAUUACAUUAUUACUUUAAAUUAAUCUUUCUAGUUUAUUUAUUUUCUUUAUUUAACCAGGUAGGUUAUUGAGAACACAUUCUCUUUUAAAUAGAGGACCUGACAAAAAUAAAUAAAAAAACAUACCGUACUGAAGUCUGAUUCUGAGUGAGUGAUCUAAGUGACAGAAUAAGAAGGUCAGUUUGUAAGGCUUUUUUUUUCUCACUCUCUCUCUUUCUCUUUCUUGACAGAUAGCAGAGGCCUACUCCCUGGAAGAGGAAUGUAUCCUUGCCAUUACUUAUUGCCAAUACUUAUUUCCACUCUUUUGUUUUGAUAGAGCUGAACAGCAGUUAAAUAGUAGUGUUUUUCAGGGACUUUGGUGACAGUGAUUUAGGAUGACACUUUAACAAUUGUUAAUUUGAAAAAAGGAAAGGUACCUGAUAUUUCUGCAGUAGUGGGGUAAAUGUUUCCAUGUGUGCUGGGCAGAACGGAAUAUUAACUUUUAGUUUCUUAGUUUCUAUAGGCGGGUUACUAUUUCAUUACUAUUUGGCUUGUUCUGUUGGUUCAUGGGUGGAUUUCCCUGCAGGAUUUCCCUUGAUUUGGGGAAAUAUUGGGAGUGGAAGUUGGGGGUUGUUGAUGAGGGAAAUGUGUUCUACUGGUAGUAAUCCAAUUCAUUCCCAUUGAGAUAAGAAUCUCUUACACUAGAGGUUUUGCCUAAGAAAGUAGUAUUUUGCACACACACACACACACACACACACACACACACACACACACACACACACACACACACACACACACACACACACACAGUCAACUGCAGAACAUACCCUGGAAUAGCUUCAAAAUUCCAAUAUUUGUUUAUAGCGUCAUCCAUUUUCUGAAAUCUUGGUUUUUCGCACACAAGCACCAGCGAUGUAAUCUUCAAAACACCAGAUAUAUAUAUUUGUCUGACGUUUGUUAAUAUGAUCCUGUCUUUUGAAUCCCAGAGUUGACAGCCUCAGGGAGGGUUUUCAUGGGCUCUUGUAGUGUCCUCUUUCCUUAACUGCUGAUGGUUAUAAGAUCAGUGGGCAGUGCAGUUCCUGCAGCUGGAGAGACUAUAUCAUGAGCGCGUCCUGUCCAACCUCGCCGCCCUGCAGGAAGACUGGGGUACUGCACUCUUCUCUACACAUCUGCUCUGUCACUGCCAUAGACUCACCUGAACAUGACUGACAAAAUAUAACCCUGUCAUUCUUUGAAUUCCACUCUGUGUGUGCGUGUAUGUGUGUGUGUGUGUCCUGUGUGCUCCAGAGAGCCAGUGGAGAGAGCGUAACAGAGCAGCAGAGAGCACCUCACCAGGUGAAACCAACAGCAUUGGACAGGAACACAUAGAAAUGCUGAGCCAGAUCUGCAGGACGCACCAGAGGUGAGAUAGAUACUGGUGGACCAUAACAUGGGUGCUGAUCUAGUACAUUGUUAUGCUAUAACUGAGACUACAUGCACAAAACAUUGACUUACAAUAACUUGUAGCAGUACUGCUUGCUGCAGUAGAAGGGAAAGCAAAGCAGGUCUAUAUAGUUUAGUUUGUCACAUUCUGUCACCACCCACAAUAUUACCGCUCCAGAGGGGGAUCAGUAAACACUGUCUUCAUUUAAAUGCAUCUUUUCAUUAAUGAAUAGUUUAUAAUGAAUGGUUUAUUAGCUAGAGUCAUUUGGUUGAUUUGUCAGAUUAUACCCUAUGUUUGACCUUUGAACAUACCAUCCCACGCUAGUGGUUCUUGUCUAGACAUGAAACCACACCUUAAUUAACUAACACUUAUUUGAUUUUCAAAUAUUUCUCUUUACUUACUCUACUAAGCUAUAGACUCAGAUAGGUUUUCAUGCGAGUCACAGAACCCCACCCAUGUCUCUUGGUAUGUUAGUUUGUGGCGGUUUGUUAUAGAUUGAUUCAGCUGGAUACCAGAUGCUCAGUCACUGUUGUGACCACCGGUCAUUUUAGCUUGACAUUUUUAAAAUCAAAUGGCUUCAAAAUAUCAGCUUACCCAGUCUGACCUCUGUCUCUGUCUCUGUCUCUUUCUCUCUCUCUCUCUCUCUCUCUCUCUCUCUCUCUCUCGCUCUCUCUCUCUCUCUCUCUCUCUCUCUCUCUCUCUCUCUCUCUCUCUCUCACUCUAUUUAUCUCUAUCGCUCUUUCUCUCCCUCUCUCUCUCUCUUUCUCUCCCUCUCUCUGUCUCUCUUUCUCUCUGUCUCUCCGUAAUAGGCCAAUACUUAGUGCGGAAAAGGUAAGAAAAUACACUACACACCAUCCUUUUGAUGACAUUUCUUAGUCCAUACUUUAAGAGAAGAUUAGUGUGUUUGUGACAUGAGCGACAUUUAUGACAAAGCUGUUUUUUCUAGAGCAUGGCAGACACAGUGCUGAAAGACAACCACAACACCAGGGGGCAGUGUGAGAGGAAUGAGAGCGAAACAUCACCAUCCCACCAUGGAAAAGGUAAAGACAAAACCCACCAUCAGAUGAAUCCCUAAAUCAAUAUUAUAGAAUGGCCACUUAGCCUAGAGAUGUGUAUAGGAGGGAGAUGAUAUCAUCCUCUUUGUUCACUGGAAAGCCCCAGAGUGUAGUUUGGUUCUAGUCAAUAAGGGCUCAUAAUAUGGAAUCUGAUACCAGAUGAUGCUUCCAUACUGUCUCAGCUAUAAGUGUGUGUCUGUGUCAGUAUCUAUAAUAAGUGCAUAUGGGCACUAUAUGCUGAAGCCAUGUGAUUAGUAGUAGGCCUAGUACUGUAAGCAAAAUGUAUCUUGUCUCUGCAGUCAGAGGCAACAACCCUGUAAAACAGGGUGAGGAGGAUUUAGAGCAGACCACGUCAACAGGAGCUGACCCUGCCAUGGAUGAGGAGAAGGGAGGAGUGGAGGAGGGAGAGGGAGGAGUGGAAGAGAUGGAGGAGGAAGGGCAGGGGGUGUUUGAGGAGAGUCCAGAAGAGGAGGUGCAGGUGGUGGAGUGGCCGGCGGGGGUUCCCCAAGCCUCAGCCAAAGACCUGGUCAAACUCUCCCAUGUGGAGGAGGUGAGAAUACACUGUAACUGAGGCUUAAACAGCCUCAUGUUUACAGCCUUAUCUAUCUCUCUCUUGCUCUUCUCUCUUUCUCUCUCUCUUUUUGUCUCUUUCUCUCUCUCUCUCUCUCUCUCUCUCUCUCUCUCUCUCUCUCUCUCUCUCUCUCUCUCUCUCUCUCUCUCUCUCUCUCUCUCUCCCUCCCUCUCUCUCUUUCUGUUUCUUUCUCUCUUCUUGUAUGUCUCGAUCUCUCUGUCUCUGUCUCUCUCUCUGUCUUGUUUGGUAGGGGACACACAUUUUGGAAUGUUACACAGCCUUGGACAGGCUCAAGGGAGCACAGAAAUGUAUUGGCAGAGGAGCUGGGUCUGUAACUAGUUAAUUGGCUGUGUGCUUAUUACUUCAAUCCAUUUGCUGAGCCACACUACGGACGUGGCCAUGGGUGGAAUUUUUGAGUACAGGACACAGAGGCUAUGAUGUCACUAAAGGGCCACAACAGAUUUAGAACAAGUAGUUCACGUACAAGUCCUGCUAAAUGUUUCAGACAAUGACAUUUAGUAGGGCUUUGUUGAGCAAUUAUGGGCUUUGUUGAGCAUGCCUGGCUAGUAUUCGAACCCAGUUUUGUCUAGUAGUGACUGCUGAAACCACACGUCAGACUAGACACUAGAGACAACCUAAUAUGAUAUACUAGCGCUCUUGUAUGGGUUGACAAUAGAUCUGUUGACUAAGGCAUUAUCCUGUGUUGUUAUUGAUCUCUGCAUAUUGACCCCAUAUAACUCACCUACCUAUAUAUUAUAACGUGGAUGACACUGUCAGUGUGAUAAAUGACCUAAUUUAAGUGCAAUAGUGUAUGACUCCGCAGAGCUGUACAUCAUUGCAGUUUGUUGUGCAAACAUACACUUGUUUCACCUCUAGAUACAUUCUAAGGGUGCGUCUAAAAUUGCUCCCUAUUGCCUAUAUGGUGCAUUAUAUAAAUAUAUUAUAUAUAUAUGGUGCAAAAUAGUAUAUGCACUGGUUGAAGCUCAAUGUUAAAUUCAAAUCUCCCUACCAUCAUAUCUAAGCCAAUAUGACACAAUGUCAAUGGAAAUUCGCAAAUCAACUUGAUUGUAGGUACACAACACACUCGCCUCUCGUAAUGAUCCAUCCAGCCGUUUUGGACUGAAUACAUUUGUAGGUGCAACAGUUUUUAUAAAAUGUAUAAUUUAUCGCUCUUACGUGCACAUUUCGGUCCAUUAAGAACCAACGAUGUGCUAUCUUUUUGUAGCAUUUCUGACAAUGCUAACUUAUUUUCAUCUGAAUCUCAAAGUUCUAAAACCGGACCAAAGCACUUGGGUUGCGCAGCAACAGUGCUAGUAGCUAGCUAACACCAGUCGGAUGAGAGGCAAGCUUCAAGCAAAGGAAACUAGCUAUAUUUUGCUAUGGAAGGUUUGUUACAUGGCUGAAGUCAUCUGUGUAAACUGUUGGCCUUGACACUUGCGUGAAAUAAGCACAAAUAAGAUAACGAACAUCAUUGGCUGCAUUAUUACCAGUUAGCUAGCCAACUAAAGUUAACUAGCUAUAAGCCAACAAGGCUGUAGUGGUAACGUUAGCUGUAUGGAUGGAUCAUGCAUCGCCACAACUCAAGGUUGACAAUAUACAGUGCAUUUGGAAAGUAUUCAGACCCCUUGACUUUUUCCACAUUUUGUUACGUUACAGACUUAUUCUAAAAUGGUUCUACACACAAUACCCCUUAAUGACAAAGCAAAAACACGUUUUCAGAAAUAUUUGCAAAUGUAUUCAAAAUAAAAAAAACUGAAAUAUUACAUUUACAUAAGUAUUCAGACCCUUUACUCAGUACUUUGUUGAAGCACUUUUGGCAGCUAUUACAGCCUCGAGUCUUAUUGGGAAUGACGCUACAAGCUUGGCACACCUGUAUUUGGGGAGUUUCUCCCAUUCUUCUCUGCAGAUCCUCUAAAGCUCUGUCAGGUUGGAUGGGGAGCGUCACUGCACAGCUAUUUUCAGGUCUCUCCAGAGAUGUUCGGUUGGGUUCAAGUCCAUGUUCUGGCUGGGCUACUCGAGGACAUUCAGAGACUUGUCCCGAAGGCACUCCUGCGUUGUCUUGGAUGUGUGCUUAGGGUUGUUGUCCUGUUGGAAGGUGAACCUUCGCCCCAGUCUGAGGUCCUGAGUGCUCUGGAGCAGGUUUUCAUCAAGGAUCUCUCUGUACUUUGCUCCCAACAUCUAUCCCUCGGUCCUGACUAUUCUCCCAGUCCCUGCAGCUGAAAAUCAUCCCCACAGCGUGCUGCUGCCACCACCAUGCUUCACAUUAGGGAUGGUGCCAGGUUUCCUCCAGACGUGACGCUUGGCAUUCAAGCCAAAGAGUUCAAUCUUGGUUUCAUCAGACCAGAGAAUCUUGUUUAUCAUGGUCUGAGAGUCCUUUAGGUGCCUUUUGGUAAUCUUCAAGCGGGCUGUCAUGUGCCUUUUACUGAGGAAUGGCUUCCGUCUGGCCACUCUACCAUAAAGGCCUGAUUGGUGGAGUGCUGCAGAGAUGGUUGCCUUCUGGAAGAUUCUCUCAUCUACACAGAGGAACUCUGCAGCUCUGUCAGAGUGACCCAUCAGGUUCUUGGUCACCUCCCUGACCAAGGCCGUUCUCCCCCGAUUGCUCAGUUUUGCUGGACGGCCAGCUCUAGGAAGAGUCUUGGUGGUUCCAAACUUCUUAUAUUUAAGAAUGAUGGAGGCCACUGUGUUCUUGGGGACCUUCAAUGCUGCAGAAAUGUUUUGUUACCCUUCCCCAGAUCUGAUCCUUGACACAAGGAGAACCAGCCGAGGAAGCGACAGGCCGAGGAGCACUCCUGCACCUUGCUCCUCUCUGUCCACCCAGCCCGUCCUCCUCCAUGUCACCUUCCCUGACUAUCCUGGUCCCCCACUGAGUCCUGCCCUAGUGGAUUCAGGUGCUGCAGGCAAUUUCAUAGACCGGUCAGUGGCCUUAUCAUUACGCAUUCCUCUAGUCCCUUUACAACCCCCUAUCCCAGUCCAUGCCCUAGACAACCGUCCCCUAGGAACCGGACUGGUGUGCCAGACCACAAUUCCCAUUUCCCUCACAGUUAAUCACAACCACCAUGAACGCAUCACUUUCCUCAUCCUAGACUCUCCUGCACACCCCGUAGUUUUAGGUUUCCCUUGGCUACAGUUACAUAACCCCAGUAUAUCAUGGAUAGAGAGGAGGUUGUUUGGUUGGUCGCAGGAGUGUCAGGGGAGGUGUCUCUCUGUGUCAAUCUGUGCCACCUCCGUGGAAAGUCCAGACCAGGCUUCCCACGUCCUUUUCCUGGAGGAAUACCGGGACCUACAGGUGGCCUUUUCGAAGACUCGUGCCACGUGCCUGCCCCCUUAUCGCCAAUGGGACUGCACUAUUGACCUACUGCCUGGUUCUACCCUCCUGUGGGGGCACAUCUACCCUCUCUCUCAUGCAGAGACCGAAGCCAUGGAGGCCUACGUCAAGGAGGCACUGGCCCAAGGAUUCAUCCAUCCGUCCACCUCUCCGGCCUCCUCCAACUUCUUUUCGUGAAGAAGAAGGACGGAGGUCUCCACCACUGUAUCGAUUACCAGACACUGAAUAAGGCUACUGUUAAAUUCAGUUAUCCCCUGCCUCUCAUACCCACUGUGAUCGAACAGAUGCACGGUGCUAAGUACUUUACUAAAUUGGAUUUACACAGUGCCUACAACCUGGUGCGCAUCAGAGAGCGGGAUGAAUGGAAUACCACCUUCAGCACCAGCACAGGGCACUACGAAAUACAGGGUAAUGCCCUACGGCCUGACAAAUGCACCCUCAGUGUUUCAAUCAUUAAUUAACGAGGUGUUUAGAGACAUGUUGGGUCGCUGUGUAGUGGUGUACAUAGACGACGUCUUGGUGUACAACACUACACGCGAGCAACAUGUCUCAUGUCAGGUUCGUUUUGGAGAGGCUGAUAGGGCAUCACCUGUACGCCAAGGCGGAGAAGUGCCUUUUCUUUCAGCAGGCAGUCUCCUUCUUGGGCUAUCGGAUAUCCACCGCGGGAGUGGAGAUGGAAGGGCAGAGGGUCAGUGCAGGACAGUCGUGGCCUGUUCCAUCCAACAUCAAGGCGGUGCAGCGCUUCCUUGGUUUUGCCAACUAUUCUUUGCCAGGUUUGACUUUACCCUCUCCUACCGGCCAGGAUCAAAUACAUUUAAGGCCGAUGCAUUGUCCAGGGUGCAUGACACAGAGGAUCGGAGGGAGAAAGUGACACCCAUUAUUCCCAUGUCCCGCAUUGUGGCCCCUGUUGUGUGGAAUGUGGACGCAGACAUUUGUCGAGCCCUGCGACAGGAGCCCUCACCUGCCCACUGUCCCGAGGGACGUAUCUACGUGUCCUCUGAUGUGCGGGACCAUCUCCUCGCCUGGGCACACACAGCACCUGUGUCGGGGCACCCGGGUAUAGCCCGUACUAUCGACUGUCUCUCCGCCAAGUACUGGUGGCCCACCUUGGCCUGGGACAUCCGGGUUUACGUCUCUUCCUGCUCCACCUGCGCACAGAGCAAGACACCUAGACACCUCCCCUAUGGCAAACUCCACCCGCUGAAGGUUCCACAACGACCCUGGUCCCAUCUCUCCGUGGACUUUGUCACAGUCCUUCCCCCCUCGGAGGGGCACACCACCAUCCUGGUCGUUGUGGACCGGUUUUCCAAAGCCUGUCGUUUGAUUCCUCUGCCUUGUCUCCCUACGGCCCUGUAGAACGUGGAGGCUCUCUUCUCUCACGUCAUCCAGCACUAUGGGAUCCCGGAGGACAUCGUGUCUGACUGUGGUCCUCAGUUCACCUCCCGUGUCUGGAAGGCCUUCAUGGAACGACUGGGGGUCAUGGUCAGCCUCACCUCACCUCCGGGUACCGUCCCCAAUCUAAUGGGCAGGUACCCAUUGACCUUCUUGAUCCAAACCAGUCAGGUUUCAAGACUGGUCAUUCAACUGAGACUGCUCUUCUCUGUGUCACGGAGGCUCUCCGCACUGCUAAAGCUAACUCUCUCUCCUCUGCUCUCAUCCUUCUAGACCUAUCUGCUGCCUUUGAUACUGUGAACCAUCAGAUCCUCCUCUCCACCCUCUCCGAGUUGGGCAUCUCCGGCGCGGCUAACUCUUGGAUUGUGUCCUACCUGACCGGUCGCUCCUACCAGGUGGCGUGGCGAGAAUCUGUCUCCGCACCACGUGCUCUCACCACUGGUGUCCUCCAGGGCUCAGUUCUAGGCCCUCUCCUAUUCUCUCUAUACACCAAGUCACUUGGCUCUGUCAUAUCCUCACAUGGUCUCUCCUAUCAUUGCUACGCAGACGACACACAAUUAAUCUUCUCCUUUCCCCCUUCUGAUAACCAGGUGGUGAAUCAAAUCUCUGCAUGUCUGGCAGACAUAUCAGUGUGGAUGACGGAUCACCACCUCAAGCUGAACCUCGGCAAGAUGGAGCUGCUCUUCCUUCCGGGGAAGGACUGCCCGCUCCAUGAUCUCGCCAUCACAGUUGACAACUCCGUUGUGUCCUCCUCCCAGAGUGCAAAGAACCUUGGCGUGACCCUGGACAACACCCUGUCGUUCUCUGCUAACAUCAAAGCGGUGACCCGAUCCUGUAGGUUCAUGCUCUACAACAUUUGCAGAGUACGACCCUACCUUACACAGGAAGCGGCACAGGUCCUAAUCCAGGCACUUGUCAUCUCCCGUCUGGAUUACUGCAACUCGCUGAUGGCUGGGCUCCCUGCCUGUGCCAUUAAACCCCUACAACUCAUCCAGAACGCUGCAGCCCGUCUGGUGUUCAACCUUCCCAAGUUCUCUCACGUCACCCCGCUCCUCCGCACACUCCACUGGCUUCCAGUUGAAGCCCGCAUCUGCUACAAGACCAUGGUGCUUGCCUACGGAGCUGUGAGGGGAACGGCACCUCAGUACCUUCAGGCUCUGAUCAGUCCCUACACCCAAACGAGGGCAUUGCGUUCAUCCACCUCUGGCCUGCUGGCCCCCCUACCUUUGCGGAAGCCCAGUUCCCGCUCAGCCCCGUCAAAACUGUUCGCUGCUCUGGCACCCCAAUGGUGGAACAAGCUCCCUCACGACGCCAGGACAGCGGAGUCACUCACCACCUUCCGGAGACACUUGAAACCCCACCUCUUUAAGGAAUACCUGGGAUAGGAUAAAAGUAAUCCUUCUACCCCCCCCCCAAAAAAAAAUAAUAAUAAUAAAAAAUAUAUAUAUAUAUAUAUUGUAAAGUGGUUGUCCCACUGGCUAUCAUAAGGUGAAUGCACCAAUUUGUAAGUCGCUCUGGAUAGGAGCAUCUGCUAAAUGACGUAAAUGUAAAUGUAAAUCAGGAACUGGGUAGGUACCUUCGUAGUUACUGUCAGGACCGGCCGGGGGAGUGGGCUGCGUUUCUGUCUUGGGCAGAAUAUGCACAAAACUCCCUCCGUCACUCCUCGAAUAACCUCACACCCUUUCAGUGUGUUCUAGGCUAUCAGCCGACCCUGGCACCCUGGCACCGGAGUCAGAUCAUGACAGGGUUCGUAGCGUAAGCGUUAAGUUUACCGCCAUGGAAUCUGAAGGGUUUCUACUAGUUACCACAGUCAAAAUCUUUUCCAUAAAAUAAAUGUUCACCGCCAUGGAAUCUGAAGGGUUUCCACUAGUUACCACAGUCAAAAUAUUUUCCAUUAAAUAAAUGUUAAAAUGUUCUAACUAAUUUUCAUUGGGAAGGCAGAUAAAGCAUUUUUAUCAAAAGCAAUCCCUUUUGCAUGGGAAAACACAAUCCUAGUAAUUACUACCCUCUGGGGUUUGCAUUGGCUGAAAGUUGAUUGCAUUCGAUUUGGAACCAGGCUGCAUCCUGGACGUGAGCCAAGUGCCCCAUUCAAAGCCCACAGAAACUAGUUAGAAAUUCAAACAUUUAAUUUAUGGAAAAUAAAUAGUUUCUGGACGAUGCACCAUGCUGCCUUGUUGACAAAAUGACAGAGCGGCGCAGAUUACUGUUCGAUUUGAGAAGGGCGCACCUCCCUCCCCGUUUUAGCCCGAUGACGUGACGUAUAAAGAGAGGUUCCUGCAGAUGCAGGAAUGCCCACAUGCAGGAACGCCCUGAAUUGCGGGCCGCAAUUGCACCUUUCUCCAUCUUGCUACUACAGAGGAGAGUACGGUGGAGACUGGAGAGACCAACUCUUAAGGAAUACAUCAUUGCCCUCAUCCUUCAGAUGCACUCCACCCCUAUGGUACAUCCCAGGGACACACUGCUUAAUGGCAGGGUGGCGGAUUGUGUUCCCUGAAAUGUGUACACCAGCUGAUUGACGGAGCACCGAGCACUCUCUAUGCACUUGUUUAUCUUCUGGUUCCACUGGAACAUCCAGCUCCUCUGCUAUUUGAGAAGGUUUGAAUCCUAAGCAACCUGCAUACACAUCGUUUGAAGUACAAUAGACCAACAUAGCUACUGUAGUAGGUCAAAGCUGUGUGCUGAAAAACCUUGGUAGAGCAUGGGUGGAGUAGGCAUUGUGGUGCUCAUGUGAAUUUCCUUUCUUUUUCGGCUUCAAAACAAUGCUUACUUCUCACUUUUAAAUUAUUUUUUUGUUUUUAAUUACAUAAGGCUCUGGUCAAAAGUAGUGUACUGUAUAGAGAAAUAAAUGUUUAAGCUAUUCGCUGCACACUGUUUCUACUUCUCACGUCUCCCCCAUCACUCUGUUCCCCUGCAGAGCUCCUCAACAGGUGGUCUGGUGUCCAUUCUGAAAAGGAGGAGGGCGUCUUUAGAUGGCCUGCCCCCAGAGGGUCCUGAUUCAGCCAAACAGAACUCCAAACGCAAGGUGCGCUUCAGUGAGCCAGAGGAUGGCAUGGAACCAGGUAUGAAUCAGCCUGAUAACAACCUCUCUCUCUCUCUCUCUCUCUCUCUCUCUCUCUCUCUCUCUCUCUCUCUCUCUCUCUCUCUGUCUCUCUCUCACUCACACACACACACACACACACACACACACACACACACACACACACACACGCACACACACACACACAUGCACACACACAUGCAUACACUCUAUACAUAAGCUCUUAUACUGUGUCUUCAAUAAAGACACAAUAAGAUAGUAGUAACAUAUUGAUAAGUAUGUUUUCUUUCUCUGUGCAGACGAGGUGGGCGGAGACUCUUGUUUGAUCCUGCUGUUGUUGUGCUUAGUAACGAUGGUGAUCAGUCUGGGCGGGACUGCUCUGUACUGCACCCUAGUGGACACCUACAGUAGUAUCUGCACCGACUUCUCUCACAACAUAGACUUUUACGUGGUCCAAGUACGACGCUUCCUGGACGGGCUCAGACACUGGUGGUUGGAGAGAAUGCUUUAA